AUGGGCGAGGAGUACGCGCGCUCACCGUGCGAGCGCUUCCCGGCGACGGGCGCGUUCAGCGUGGCGCCGCCGGAGAGGCUCAGCCCGCCGCCGCCCGCGCCGCUGCCGGAUCGGUUCUCGGCGUCCCCGCGGCGGGUGCGCCGCUGUGCAGAGGCGGAGCGCGCGCGGCGGCCCCGAUAUGUGCCACCAGCAGCCCACGUGCCCGUGGAGCGCUACGUGCCCCGGCCGCCUGCGCCACUGCGGCCUCCACCACCGGUAUACUGCGGGCUGGCGUGCAGGCCGCCCCCGCCAGCGCCGCGCAAGUGCUGCGGGCCAGCAUGUCGCGAGGAUAUCGCGGGCUCGCCGCCGCCGUCCCGCUACGUGGAGUACGUGGGCGCGGCGGCCGCCCGCAGGCUGGCCUGCACGCCGCCACCGCCACCACCACCUGCGCUGCAGCUGCCCUGCGAGCCACAGGAGCCUCCGUGCUGUGUACAGGCUCGCAGACGGCCACAACCACCACAUGAUUGGGAGCUGCUUAAUGAAUCGUUUAACGGUUAUGAUAAACUAUCAAAGACUCAAACAUUGAUUGCCAAAGAGUAA